UAUAAGUUGAAGAAGAAUUCAUACUCUUUAAGUCUUAUAACAACUCUACUACAGAGUACAGUGCCAAAAUAAGAAAAUGAAGAAGCAAAGUGGGGGAAAACUGGAAGCCUGCUUUUAUAUAACCUUUUUUUGAGAGAAAUGUCAUCCACCAUUUUUUUAUUGGUGACACGUUUGCUAAAAUUUUACAGAUUGGAUUAUGGACAUUUCCUCCUCUCUGAAUCCCUCCUGAUCCAAAACCCUAUCUUCUUCCCAUGAGCUUUUCAGCACUGUCCUCAUAUAUGUGUCCAUUUUCCCACCAUGAAUUCCCAAUUAAUUUCCCUCAUAGAAUACUCCGUCUUCUUCUUUGCCAUUUAAAGUAAAAAUCCAAGUACAAAAACGAUAUAAAUAAAAGUUACAAAUCACAAACACAUCGAACCCGAGAUUCAGGGCACUGAGAUCUACUAUGAGUUUGGCAGAUUCAUGGCUGCACAAUUCUUAUAUUUUCAAUCAACCAAAGAAUCCAUGUAAACCCUUACUUGGUUUUACCCAGAAAUCAAUGAAUUUCCCCAAAUUUACUCCGGAUAACCUCAAUCUAAGAAAGCCCAUUUCUUCGUUUUCAAUCUCGGCCAUCAUCACUAAGGAAGAAGAAAAAAAAACCCAGAUUGAUUCCGAUGUAUUCAACUUCAAAGCUUACAUGGUUGAGAAGGCUAAUUUGAUAAACCAAGCUUUGGACGAUUCCGUCUCCGUGAAGAACCCGCCGACGAUCCACAAGGCUAUGCGCUAUUCCUUGUUGGCCGGCGGCAAGAGGGUCCGUCCGAUGCUCUGUAUCGCGGCGUGUGAGCUCGUCGGCGGCCGCCCCGCAAACGCCAUACCCGCCGCCUGCGCGGUGGAGAUGAUUCACACCAUGUCGUUAAUCCACGACGAUUUGCCUUGUAUGGACAACGACGACCUCCGCCGGGGUAAGCCCACGAACCACAAGGUCUUCGGGGAGGACGUGGCGGUCCUCGCCGGCGAUUCCCUCCUCGCCUUCGCUUUCGAGUACAUCGUCACGGCGACCGCCGGGGUGGCGCCGGCGAGAGUCUUGGCCGCGGUUGGCGAAUUGGCAAAAUCAAUCGGCACCGAAGGAUUAGUCGCCGGACAAGUCGUCGAUAUAUCUUCCACCGGGAAAUCCGACAUUGGACUGGACCAGCUGGAGUUCAUCCACAUACACAAAACGGCGGCGUUGUUGGAAGCCUCAGUGGUGUUGGGAGCUAUACUGGGUGGUGGGACCGAACAAGAAGUGGAGAAAUUGAGACGAUUUGCGAGGUGUAUUGGGCUGUUGUUUCAGGUAGUCGACGACAUUCUUGAUGUAACAAAGUCGUCGGAGGAAUUGGGAAAGACCGCCGGAAAAGACCUUGCGACGGAUAAGACCACUUAUCCCAAACUAAUGGGAUUAGAUAAAGCCAGAGAGUUUGCUAAUCAGCUGAACAAGGAUGCUAAAGAACAGUUGUCUGACUUCGAUCCCCAAAAGGCUUCUCCUUUGAUUGCAUUGGCUGAUUACAUUGCUUAUAGGCAGAAUUAGAAACAUUUAUGGGAAGUUGGGGGCAUUCCCAAUUUUGGUUUCUCGUCAUUUGUAUUAGUAACUUAUAAGGUGUAUAGCAGUGAAUGAUGAAACUUUAGAUGUUAUCUGAUCAAGAGGUUCAAAAGAUUCUUCAGUUUUGACUGCAAUGGGGAUGCUUUUGAUUGACUAACUUGGAUUUUUUUUUAAUUUUUUUUACAUACAGUGGAAGCCUAACGGCUUAGAUACAAAAGGUUCCCUAAGACUGGGAUAUAGCAGUACCAUCUGCUUGCAAAAGACCUAAGCA